AUGCGCGUCGGGGAUCUAAGUCACUUCCAGAUGUAUCAAGAGGGGCCCCUGCAGUUGAACAGCGCGGUAUCGUCAGAUUUCCCCAAACUUCUUCUAGACUAUGGAGCCUCAGACGUUACAAACUACUUUACCUCAACAAAACCUGGUGCGAGAGAGGACAAGUGCGUUGCUAUUCUGACCCACAGGAGAAAGAGGACCAAUUUCACCCAGCAGCAAAUAGAGAUUCUGGAGAAAGUUUACUCUGACACCAAAUACCCAGAUAUCUACUUGAGAGAGCGACUGGAGGCUCUGACUGGGCUGCCGGAGUCCAGGAUUCAGGUGUGGUUUCAGAACAGAAGGGCCAAGUCACGUCGCCAAGUUGGCUCCACAAAAGCAUCCAGCGCACCACCAGGAGGCCCCUUUGGGCAACUUCAAAGCAGAAUGUGUCCAGAGAAAGUCUACGAUAGCCAUGGUACUGAGGUACACAGGUCAGGAGGUCUAGAAGAUGGUUGGACCGGCGUUCAGCUCAAAUCCAGCAGCUACGAACGGGAGCUGCCUUCCUGCAUCUACGACAAGGGAACCAGAGCCCCAGCAGAGCAGAUACAGAUUAAGCCUGCCGGGGCCGUCCCAAGCUGCUGCAUCCCUCUUUAUCCUGAUGAGUUGGAGCACCAUCCAAGAACCAAAACCAGCAUGCCUGGCAACCAGGGCCCACAAAUUCUGGUGGAGUAUGAUAAUUUCCCACCAAAUAAAACGAUUGGACCAGAGAUGAAAGUUGUGAUUCCUCCCCUACCCACGCAAGAAAGCUUCAGCAGGUCAUCCCCGCAGGAUAAGGAAGGCCAAAUGCGGAAUCCACAACCGAAGGCCACAGAAAGGUUCAACCAGUUUCCUCCAGUCUUUAGUGGAGAGACACAGGACAUCAGUGACUCUGAUUCUGACUGGGAAAGUGAUGCCAUGACUGGCUUUCAUGGAUUUAUGUGAUGUUAAUGAUAAUAUAUUUAUUAUAAAGCUGUAAUAAGACUGUUAACACAAAAA